UCCGGCUGCUGCCCCUUCCACCGUUGCACUAAAAAUGGCGCCUGGGGUUGGUAACUGUUGCGUCCGACGCGGCCUGGAGUGAUCUGCGGCGCUGCCGAGGCCCCAGUUUGAUCGACGUACGUCUAGCAAACACUGCGGGCGGUGUUUGAAGAUGGCCCAGAACUCGGUGUCGCUCUCCGCCGGCGAUCAAGCCAACAGGGUGGCCUACCGGUCCUCCCAAGGAGAUCUCAACCCGUCGGCCAUGGCAUGGGCGAUGGUCUCCGGAGACAGCUUCCUGGUUACUAGUCUCGAUCCGAAUCAGCCAGGAGGACCUCGGCCGCCAGCGCGACCCAGCGUUCGAACCGACAGACGUCGAAUGCCCGUCGGUGGCCGCAGCCGUAGCCGAAGCCGCCAAGGCAGAUUCUCGCCUUACCCGAUCCCAGGCGUCAAGCUCGACCUCUUAAGAAGUGUGCUGCAGCAGCGUCUGGUUGCGUUGGGAAAUGCCCUCGCAGCCCGAAUCUCAGCGUAGAACGAAUGCCUCCCCCUCACUUAGCUUGCAAACAAGGCCUCCCUGAAAUCA